AUGGUGAUGUCGGAAGUAUCAACACUUAACACUGCCCGGAAGUCAACCGAUAUUGGACAUGCGCACUUCGGGCAUCACGUGGUCUGCUAUCAUAAAAAAACAAAACAAACGGUAACCGUUUGUGAAGUAGGUGAUAACGAAUUUAAUAGAACAGCCAAAGCUACCGACACUUCUUACCUCGAAUUCACCCGACGAGCGCUUACUUGCGCCUUUCUCUUUGUCGGUUCCCUCUCUCAGAAUUAUUCUAGUACGCCUCACAGUACUACAAAUAACACAAUAACAACCAUCACCACUACUACCACUACCACCACCACCACCACCACCACCCCAACUACAGCUAGCCAUCUGACAACAACACCACCACCACCACCACCACCACUUCCAGAGAAAGGAAAAUUUUUCGUUAAGAAUUGCUUAGAAUUGGAUGCAAACAUUCUGAUUUUUGAAAAAUCUAUAACUGAAAAUAUUUCCUCAUUAAACUACACUACUGGUGGUGAUUGCGGCCCAAAACGCUCCCAUUUAACCAUUUUUUGGAAGGGAAAGAAUAACAUUACUUUCAAUUUUUCAAACAUCAAUGGCACAGUAUAUCUUGAAGAAGUGACUAUUGGACUUUUGAAUGGUUCUGAUUCAAAGACCUUUCAUCAGGAAUUGUCUUCUGAGAAAAAUUUCUAUUCAUGUCAUGAAAUGGUGUUACAGCUUAAAGAUUACAAUGUCACACUUGAUGGUCUAAAAGUUCAGGCAUUUCAUUAUAAUUCAACUUUUAGUAAAAAUGGUACAAUCUGUGAAGCCAAAACGACUGUCACUCCUGCAACUUCAACUACUCCUACCACACACAGUCCAUCAACACCAAAGCCCACGCCUAGCUUGGCAACUGACAAUUAUGUUAUCAAUGGAUCAGUGAAUGGAACCAAUGUUUCUUGUCUUGUGAUGAAAGCUGCCAUCAAAUUCAGUAUUCCAUAUGAAGGCAAAAAAGGGAAUCAUACUUACACUAGAAAUAUUGGUAGCUCCCCUAUGUAUCAAGGUAAUUGCACUGAUGUAAGCAAUACACUGCAAAUAACCACUGGUCCAGUUACCCUGGAGUUCAUGUUUGAGAAGGCUGGCAAGAAAUAUUCUUUGCAGCAAUUAAAAUUGAUAGCCAACACAACAUCUUUUAAAGAUGCGAAAGGUAUGACAAUUGUAUCUAACUACACCAAUACCAAAACAUUCCAACUGAAACUGGGAGACUCUUAUUCCUGCAAGUCACAGACAACUCUUCAUCUUUCUUCAAAUGUUGAUGUUUUCAUCACCAACUUAAACCUGGAAGCAUUUAGAAAAUCUAACACUACUGUGAUUGAUGGUAAAAUGGUGAUCUGCCCUGCAGAUCAGAAAACCAACAGCAUUGUGCCUAUUGCUGUGGGAGCUGCUCUGGCCGGUCUUGUGGUGGUUGUACUUAUUGCUUAUUUGAUUGGUCGCAAACGAAGUCGGAGAGGCUAUGAGUCUGUAUAA